CGCCAAUCCAUGUUUUCUUGUCAAUUUGUGGCAUCUCCAUCAUCAUCAUCAGCGCCAACGCUCGCUAGUUCAUUUCUAUGGAGCAUCAGAAAACCCCUUCCACCAAUCUUCCUUUCUUGUCCUUCUUCUUCUUCGUCUUCCACUUUCCUUCGCUUUUCUUCCUCGCUCCCUCAGCAGCCUCUCAGGUGUGCUGUUCUUGGUGCUGGCUUUGCUGGGCUUUCUGUUGCUUGGCAUUUGUUGCAGCACGGCUCCAGGGAUUUGCCUUUGUUAGUUGACAUAUAUGAUGAAGUUGGUAUCGGUGGGGGUGCAUCAGGAGUGGCUGGUGGACUUCUCCACCCGUAUUCUCCUAAAGUUAAGCUUCUCUGGCGAGCUGAGGAGUGCUGGAAUGAGAGUUUAAAGCUCAUACGCAUUGCAGAGCGUGCUAGACAGUCCAAGGUGCUGAACACAGAAAGACAAGAAGCUGUUCAGAGUAUGAAUUUUUCUAUUAUCAGGAGACGGUUGGUCCUUUCUCUUGUAUCAUAUGAAAUUCUGGGAUGUGUCUCAUCUGCAGUUCUGAGCCAUACUGGACUGCUGUUAAAGAUUCACACCCACCAAAGUAAAGAUAAGGCAACCGUGGGGAUUGGAAUCUCAGCAACAGACUCUAUGGGUUCGGUACCUUGGACAAGAGUCUUUGGCUCUUCAAGGGAGUAUAACGCUGUGGUCAUUUGUCUUGGUGCCAGAGCAGCUUUUCUGCCAGAGUUCUCUGGAAUACUUCCCUUGAGAACAUGUAGAGGUGUUGUUACACACAUGCAGCUCUCUGAUAAUAUCAGAGAAGAAUAUCCGCAGCAUAGUCCCUCAAUCCUGUCAGAUGCCUGGCUUGCUGUAGAGGGUCCUCGAGAUCUGUAUUUGGGCUCAACAUGGGAAUGGAGGUCAACAAAUUAUUCAAGGACUGUCCCAACAGUAGAAGCUUCUGAAGCCUUACAAGAACUUCUAUCAAAGGGAUCUGUUAUAUAUCCUGCUAUAAGCAACUGGACAGUCAGAGGAGCAGUUGCAGGACUAAGGGCAAUGCCACCACUCACCCCUCAUGGAUCGUCACAAGACCUAAUCACUCAGAAGAGAUGGAAUAGAGUGGUAGUGCUCUGA